GGUCGCAGUUCUGUACCUUUUGACAAAGCUCUCUCUCUCUCUCUCUCUCUCACACUCACUCAAAUCUUCUUCUCUUCUGAGUCUCACCGAAGAAAAAAGAUGGGUAGAAAGUUCUUCGUCGGCGGCAACUGGAAAUGCAAUGGAACUCCCGAAGAAGUAAAGAAAAUUGUGUCAAUGCUGAAUGAAGCUGAAGUACCCUCUGAGGAGAUUGUGGAGGUUGUGGUAAGCCCUCCCUUUGUCUAUCUUUCCUUGGUAAAAAGUUUGCUGCGGUCUGAUUUUCAAGUUGCUGCACAAAAUUGCUGGGUGAGGAAAGGAGGCGCUUUUACUGGUGAAAUUAGUGCAGAGAUGCUUGUUAAUUUGGGCAUUCCUUGGGUCAUUCUUGGCCAUUCUGAAAGAAGGCUUCUUUUAGGUGAAACAAAUGAGCUCGUUGCAGAUAAAGUAGCAUAUGCACUUUCUCAAGGCUUGAAGGUGAUUGCUUGUGUUGGGGAGACUCUUGAGCAGCGAGAAUCAGGGUCCACUAUGGAAGUAGUUGCAGCACAAACAAAAGCAAUUGCAGCUCAAGUAUCAAAUUGGGCUAAUGUGGUUUUGGCUUACGAGCCUGUUUGGGCCAUUGGAACUGGCAAGGUUGCAACCCCUGCUCAGGCUCAGGAGGUGCAUGCUGAAUUAAGGCAGUGGCUUAAAGAGAAUGUUGGUGCUGAAGUUGCAGCAACGACCAGGAUUAUAUAUGGAGGCUCUGUAAAUGGUGCAAAUUGCAAGGACCUAGCAGCACAACCCGAUGUUGAUGGAUUUCUCGUCGGUGGAGCUUCUCUAAAGGCUGAAUUUGUGGAUAUCAUUAAAUCUGCCUUGGUGAAGAAGACUGCUUGAAGUCCUGAAUGUGGUGGAGAUGUUGGAGUUUUUGGAACUUAAAGUUCUAUAGCCUUUUGAACUUGCCCACAACUCACUUUGUCUUAUGAUGCCUAGAACUGUAAAACAUGAAUUAGCACAAGUAAAACAUGAGUUAGCACAAGUAAAUUCAGAUCUUGUAUCUUCUACAAUUAAAAGUCGAUCUGCCAUUUUGGUUGUUCUUGGUUUUUUA